AUGACAGCAAAAACACAGACAGGUGGCUAUCAGGGUCUCUACGCUAAUAAUACGUAUGUGCAAGAAAUUUUCUGUAACAAUAUACCUUAUCACAGUCAUUAUCUUGCAUCUAUCAAAGAUACACUUUUACAAAACUUAAGUCAACUAAUAUCACAACCUAAGAAAAGGAGCUCAAGAUGGAUCAGCACAUCUGUGCCCUCUGCUGAAUGGUCUACUCCAGCAGCACAAUUGUGCUCUGCUGACUAUCUCACGAAUAUCAUAAUGACUACUGUUCUUCUUGAACAAACAAUAUGUACAAUUCCAAAAACUGCUGUAACUGUCGAAAUUGCACCAACCAGCGUUUUGCAGCACAUUUUGGAAGAAUCUCUUCAUCCAGAAGUGACUAAUGUCGCGCUCACUCAUUGCACGACCGAAAAUCCAGUUGUUAUAAUGUUACAAGGGAUUGGAAAACUUUACAACUGCGGCUUGCAACCACAAAUUGCCGCUUUAUAUCCGCCAGUGGAAUUUCCAGUUAGUCGCGGAACUCCCAUGAUUUCUCCAUCUAUUAAAUGGGAUCACUCCAAAAACUGGAUUGCACUACAUGAGAUACCAGAAUACAGUAGCACCAGGGAAAGACUCGUCACAAUACAGCUUCUUGAUGAAGACUAUGAAUACAUGACGGGUCAUGUAAUAGAUGAGAGAAACUUAUUACCUGCGAUGGGUUAUGUUGCACUUGUGUGGGAAACUAUCGGAAAAAUCAAAGGAGAAUUCUAUUUAGCAUUACCAGUAGUGUUCAGAGAUUUAAGAUUUGUUCGCGCUACGCAUUUAUCAACAAAUGAUAGUGUGGAGUUGAUAAUCAGAUUACACGAAGAAAGCGGGAAGUUCGAGAUAUGUGAAAGAGACACUGUCGUUAUGACAGGUGAGGUGUCUACUGAAAUAGAUAUUGAACAGGAAACCGCAUCAAUUGAUUUAUUACCGGAUAAUACAGAGGAAGAACACAUGAACACUCAAGAUAUUUACAAAGAAUUGAAAUUACGCGGAUAUCAAUACAGUGAUAGAUUUCGUGGGUUACUUAGCGCAUCAAUAACGGGUAACAAAGGACACGUUGCUUGGGCAAGUAAUUGGGUCACGUUUAUGGACACAUUGCUGCAACUGAAUAUACUUGGAAAAGACACAAAAAGUCUGUACGUCCCUACGAGCAUUCGAAAAAUAGUGAUUGAUCCGAUCCUUCAUAACGCAAAGCUACAAAACUAUGCGCAAAUAAACAAGACGCAGAAAACUAAUAAAUUGCCAGUACAAAUAUAUAAAAACAUAGAUCUCAUAGUAUCUGGUGGCGUACAGAUUUGGGGUGUGAAAGCUACUUCGAUCACCCGCCGACAAAUAGACGCAGAUCCCGUUAUUGAGGAACACAGAUUCGUGGCGCAUCAAGAUUGUGAAAAGGUUUCUUUGCACGAAGCAAUACGUAUAUCAACGCAAAUCGCACUGGAAGAUCAUCAAAUUACGAAAGUAAAAGCCAUCGAACUGGUGGAAGAUGCAGAUAUUGUGAGCACAGAAGAACUAGCAAUUCCGGCGAUAAUUGAAGCUUGCAAUAAUUUGCCGUUAGUACAGGCAAGUGUUACUCUAAUGACAUCGCUGACUCGUUUUAACGCAUCAGACUUGCCACCGAACGUAACAAUCGCGGAUUUAAAGAAACACGUAGACACCAAAGUCUUAAUGGUUAUCGGAUUUAAUAUUUUGUCAAAGCGACGAUUACUAGAACAACUUUUACUCUUUCUUGAAGAAGGUGGUUAUUUAUUAUCGCGUGAGAAAUAUGACGUAACAGAAGUAACAGAAUCUUAUCGUGUCUUUUCUGCAUUAAUCAGCAACGAUAAUCUAGAACAAUAUGGAUUAAAUGUUAUUCUCGAAAAACGUACUGAAAAAGAAAUAAUUGUGCUUCUAAAAAAACGAAUUACAAUCAAAGAAACAACUGUUGUUUAUAUUAACAAUAAUAACUUUGAAUGGGUGGAAAACUUGAAGCUAUUUAUAGACGAGAAGGAAACAUUUAAUCAGAACAAAUGAAUUGUAGUUGUUAGUGAAGGCGAUUUCGAGUGCGGUUUAUUGGGCUUUAUUAAUUGCUUGAGAAAAGAGCCUGGUGGCGAGCUUGUUAGAGGUGUGUUUAUUCAAGACGAGACUGCUCCAAAAUUUUCUUUGCAAGAUCCCUUCUAUGCGCAACAGUUGCAGAAAGAUAUGACAGUCAAUAUUUUGCGACCUAAUAAAACUUGGGGUUCUUACCGACAUUUCUGUUUGCCAGCUCCGGAACCCGCAUUUGUUCCCGCUGCUUACUUGUGUCAAACGGAUCGUGGUAACCUAAGUACUUUUUGUUGGAUAGAGAAUGAUAUAUCCAUCGACUCCCAUUGUGAUGAUUUAGUACAUGUAGUUUAUUCGUCCAUCAAUUUUAGAGAUGUAAUGUUGGCAACAGGAAAAUUAACUACUUUAGGCAUCGAAGAGCGAUUCGAAAGUAUGUUUCUUGGAUUGGAAUACGUAGGAUUUGAUGCCAAAGGACAACGAGUAAUGGGAGUACGCAACAAUAAGUGCAUCGCAAAUGUCGUUUUGAAAAAUGAUUUACAAUGGGUCAUACCAGAUACUUGGACAUUCGAAGAGGCGGCUACGGUUCCUUGUGUAUACAGCACGUCGUAUUAUGCUUUAUAUAUUAAAGGAAAAAUGAAAAAGGGUGAUAAAGUACUUAUUCACUCUGGUUCCGGUGGCGUUGGACAGUCAGCAAUUCAUCUUGCCUUACGUGAAAAAUGCGAAGUAUUUACUACAGUAGGCACUGCUGAAAAAAGACGAUUUAUCCGAGAAAUGUUUCCGGCUAUUUCCGACGAUCACAUUGGGACUUCGCGCGACACUAGUUUCAAAAAGAUGAUUAUGCGCCAGACAAACGGUCGCGGUGUUGACAUAGUGCUAAAUUCAUUGGCGGAAGAAAAACUUAUAGCGUCUGUUCGUUGUUUAGCGCAAAACGGUCGUUUCUUGGAAAUCGGAAAGUUCGACUUCGUGUCAAACAAUCUUUUAGACCUAUCAUUAUUUAGAAAAGGAAUUUCUUUUUACGGUGUUUUAUUAGAUUUGAUUUUACAAAGAGAAAAACACAAUCACAAGACCGAGUUACUGAAAUUAAUGGCUGAUGGUCUUAAGAAUGGUGCUAUCAAACCCAUAAAAGCUAAAAUUUUCCAACAAACAGAAAUCGAAAAAGCCUUUAGAUACAUGGCAAGUGGAAAACACACAGGAAAGAUAAUUUUGAAUAUUCAAGAGACAGACAAAUGUCUUGUAAAUGCGCCGAUCAUCGCACAUCGUCGUUACUAUUGUCGUAGCGAUAGAACUUACAUCAUACUUGGCGGUCUAGGUGGCUUUGGAUUGGAAUUGACCGAAUGGCUGAUAUCCCGGGGUGCGAGAAAUGUCGUGUUAACUUCAAGAAGCGGAAUAAAAACUGGUUAUCAACGCCUAAAGGUCUCGUUAUGGAGAUCUUACGGCGUAAACGUAACGAUUGUUAAAAAUAAUGAUAUUAUCAAUCCUAUAGAUUGUGAACAUCUUUUGCUAAGUACAGAAAAAGAAGCACCUGUAGAUGCUAUAUUUAAUCUUGCUGUUGUUUUGAAAGAUAACGUUUUAAAGAAUCAAACUAUCAAAAGUUUCGUAGAAUCUUUCAGAGCUAAAGCCUGGCCGACACUGAUGUUGGAUAAACUAUCUAGAAAGAUUUGCCCUAAACUCCGACAUUUUGUUGUGUUCUCUUCGGUUUCCUGUGGCAGAGGAAACGCUGGCCAAACUAAUUACGGUAUGGCUAAUUCCGUGAUGGAAAGGAUAUGCGAAAGAAGGGUAAAGGAUGGAUUUCCUGGUUUAGCGAUACAGUGGGGAGCUAUAGGUGAUGUAGGUCUUGUUGCUGACAUGCAGGAAAACGACAAAAAACUCGUUAUUGGUGGUACGCUGCAACAAGGAAUAUUAUCUUGCCUUAACGAACUCGACAAAUUCUUACUUCAGAAUCGGCCGAUCGUAAGCAGUAUGGUGGUGGCUGAAAAGAAACAGAGAGCAUCGGAAUCUAAUAUCAUUGAAACUGUUGCUGCUAUUAUGAAUAUAAAAGACAUUAAAAAAUUAAGUCAAACUACAUCUCUGGCCGAGCUUGGGAUAGAUUCUAUGAUGGCAGUGGAGAUUAGACAAACUAUGGAACGUGACUUCAACGUGUAUCUCUCCUUACAAGAAAUACGAAGCCUCACCUUUGCAAAACUCUUUGAUAUAUCUGAUACAAAGGCCAUUGUUGAAGAAACAUCUGAAAAAGCUACAUCUGAUAAGAUAAUCGAGCAGAACAUAUUUGGUAUUGUACAAAACAAAGAUUUCAUCUCUGAAAUUUUUGUAGACUUGUCGUCUAAAAACAAAGAAAGUGCUACUCAAGUCUUUCUUAUACCAGGAUUUGAUGGUUGUGGAACUAUAUUUAAUCAUUUAGAGAUGUAUAUUAAAUUUACUGCAACAUCUUUGCAUUAUAAUACAGGUGUUAUUUCCACUUGUAAUACUUUGUCAAAGAUGGUUGAGAUUCUCGAACAGGUUAUAGUAAAAAAAUUACAAGACAAAAAAGAUUUUGUCAUGGUUGGAUAUUCCUUCGGAGCUAUUCUCGCAAUAGAACUUGCAACACGAUUGGAAACUGUAGGCUUUAAAGGUCGGAUAGUUCUUAUCGAUGGUGCACCUGAUCACUUAGUGUUACUAAGCAAGCAUUAUAUAAAAUUGUAUGUAGAAUCUGCAGAAAGUAAUGAUGCAGAAAUGCAAGUUUCUAUUUUGAUUGGUAUUCUGAAAAGUUAUAACAUCGAAAUAAGUAAAAAGGACUUCUUGAUGGAAUUGCAAAAGUGUAAAAAUGACGACAAAAGAUUUGAUAUUUUUGCAAAACACUUUUUGGCUCAUAACUCAAUGCUCUCGCUUGCAAAUUUGAGGACACUGUAUACAACAGUGUAUAAACAUGUACUUAUUCUUCAGAAAUAUGAUACUUCUGUUAUACCACGUAUCAAAUUGCCUAUAACUUUGCUGAAACCUACACAUUCUUCUGUGCUUGAAGCCGACGAGGAUUACGGUUUACAUAAGAUAACAUCUGAUGUAACGAUACAGUAUGUCGAAGGAAAUCACGUGACAAUUUUGAGAAAUCCUAAGGUGAUUACUACAAUAAAUGGAGAAAUUUAAUGUAUUCUCUCAUAGGAAAUAACAUAAGUGGGGUGAGAAAGGUCAAUUGUAACAUGGG